AUCUCCCUCCCCCAUGAACGAUCAGGUUCUUCUACACUGCCCAAAGCUCAUGUCUGAUUUGUGUGAUAUAUACGCAUUAGGAGUGCACGAUCUUGGAUCAGUAGUUCCUCCCAGUUAAUUAAACCCCAAGGAACAGGUGUAUGGUUUCGUGUCUUAUGUGCCCAGAGAAGCAUUCUUCUCAGGCCCGAAGCUAGGGUAGGGAGUCCACGCCAGAACUGGUAGGUCGACCUAGUGUCAACCUUUUCCAUCCCCACCCCAGUCACGAGGGGUAGGACUAAAAAUAAUAUUAAAAAGCGAUCAGGCUUCUAGCACUCAUGUUUUAAACUCUCCCGCUGAAGAAGCUCCUGAAAAGAAGCACAGUCCUGCCAUCUGUUCUGACCAGUUUCUCUUUAUAUUUUCAUUAUACUCUGUGCCUUUUCCUGUCACGUAGGACAUGGCUCACUUACAUGACCCAUGUGGGUUGGUUUUACUAAAUGUACUACUUGCUUUUGUCUGCAUAAGCACUUAUCCCAAAAUAACAACUCUGUCACUGGCUUCAGCCUUGGAUUUAUUUACGGGUUCACCGGGUAAACUGGAGGUCAGAUUAGGUGAUAAUUGGAGGCUUCUCCUUUGCCUAACAGUUAUAUCUGGUGCAGCUGUCAUUGUAAACAACAAAACACUCUCUACAAAGCAGUUAAGAGUUGUAGGAAGCUCACAACAUACAUCAGGCAAAAGAGGCUUGAGAGCUAAACAGCACAUUUCAAUGCAGAGUUUAGGUGUGUAUAAACAACACCUCACACUGACCAUUUUUAAACAGCUUGAGGGGUGGGAGGAGAGAGCUACCACUGCCAUGUGCAGCUUGGUUGCCUUCUGUUUUCUGCAUGUUAUAUUUAAACCGCUUAGAGUUUAUUUUUGUAAUUAUCAACCAGGUGUGCUUGGGAUCCAAGAAUUCACAAAAUCUUCAUAGCAGUUUAUAUACUUCACAUAGUCCUCAAAUUUUUCUUCUAGCAGUGUCUUCUACAGAGUGAACUAUUACCAAAUUUGUAGAGAAAGAAACCAUGACCAGGGGGUAUGACAAUUUUAAAAACCUCGUAUUUUGGUCAAGGAAGCUCGCAACAUUAAUAUACACAAUCAAGUAUUGUUUCUCUUAACUACCAAACACUGCUAUCCAGCGGCAGCGCCAGAAAAUGAAUCUGAGGGGGGCACAAAAGGGGCAAAGUGCAUUUCUGGGCGGAUGAGUUGUGCCCCACAUAGAACAAAAAUGGGAGGGGCAGCUGUGUGGGGGAACUACUUUUCUGAGGUGGUGCUUGCCCACCCUUGUCCCCCCUCCCACAGAGCCACCUUUGUUGCUACCCCUUAGUGAUCAACACUGAACACAUUUUCCAAAACAAGAUCUCUCACCUGAAUUCUGAUCCAUUUUGAUCCACCUCACUAAAGAAGACCUGAUGCAGGUCUGAGGCUAUGUGACCAUAGGAGAUGCCAUAUACCUUGAGUCACAAUGUCUAGAUGAGGUCAUGGAAUACUUGAGAUGAAAUUAAAGUGACCUGAACUGAAGAGGGGGCAAGCAGCAUGCAUAACAAAGUGGCUGUCCCGGUGACUAGGAAAUGUGGUCUUCCUAAUCAGAAACAAUAUCAUUCAGGAUUCCACAUUGCCAGCUGACACCAGAGGUCAUGGAAAUUAUCUGUGAUGUAUAAGUGUUAUGCUUGGAUGACUUGGGGAGAGGGGUUUGUUUUAAAAAGAAAAAGAGAGUACUGUGAAUUGCUGAUAACCCAGGAAGAAAAAGUAAGAAGGCCAUAAGCAGAACGCCUGGUUCCCACUAUGGAUUUUGUUAAAUUUAACUUUGAUGAGGAUGAAGACCAGUAUGGUGAAAUGUCGGGAAGCAGCACACCUGCGGAAACACGAUCUCUUACUGAUGCCACCGACAAUAUGGAAGAGAAGGAGAAGGAUGAGAAUUCUGACACGGAUCUUGAGAUAGAAGAUGUUGAGCGAUCAUUUACAAACAUAAAAGGUGCCGAUCUGUACAUAGAAGCUUGCAAGCUGGUAGGAGUGGUUCCUGUCUCGUACUUCAUUCGGAAUAUGGAGGAGCCCAUCAUGAACCUUAACCACCAUGGGCUUGGGACCAAGGGAACCAAAGCCCUUGCCAUUGCUCUGGUUUCCAAUACAACCAUCACUCACCUAGAGCUAGAGGAUAACUGGAUUCUGGGGGAAGGAACUACAUAUUUGGUGCAAAUGCUACGGGAGAACUGCUACAUCCAGGAGCUGAAUAUUUCCAAUAAUCGUCUUGACACAGAUGGAGCUGAAGCUAUCUGCAGGAUGUUCUUCAAUAAUAUUUCUAAUAUCCGGGCUAUUCAGCUUGCAGGAAACAACUUUAAUGACGAGUCAGCAAUAUACUUUUCUGAAUCGUUAAUGACCAAUUACCGAGUGACUGAGCUGGACCUCAGCCACAAUGAGUUUGCCGAGAAGGGAGGAGAGCUACUGGGGCAGAUGUUGGCCAACAAUGAGUCUCUAGAGGUUCUGAACCUGAGCUGGAAUCACCUGCGGAUGAAAGGGGCUGUUGCCUUCAGUGCUGGCCUCAGGGCCAAUGGAACACUGAAGAUUCUUGACCUUGCAUGGAACGGCUUUGGGAAUGAAGGGGCUCUGGCCCUUGGAGAAGCCCUCAAGGUCAACAACGUGCUCACUGAACUGGACAUCAGCAGCAACCACAUCAACAACGAAGGGACUGUAAAGCUCUGCAAGGGAUUAGAAGUCAAUGGAAACCUUCGCAUCUUGAAGAUGGCCCACAACCCCAUGACAGUAACGAGCGCCAUUGCACUUGUCACAGUGGUCCGAAAGAAUUCCAAAUCCAGAAUAGAGGAAAUCAACAUCUCAAAUGUGCUAGUGAAUGAAGGCUUCAUCAAGUUAUUGGAUCUAGUCUGCGAGAUACGGCCUGAACUAGAUGUCAUCUUUGGAGGGGUUGGAGGCCAUUUUACCAAGAAGCAAGAGCAGCGUCCCGAUGCUAUGAAGCUGAUUCAGAAUUAUUUGGAUGCACAUAAGCUGAGACUCUGGGAUUUCUUUAGGAACAUGGACAAAGAUGGCAACAUGAAAAUUCCUGUGGCAGAUUUUCGGAGAGCUAUGAUGCAGCAAUCGAAGAUCCCUCUGGACCGGAUACAGGUUCGGGAACUUAUACGCAAGUUAGACAAUGCCCAAACAGGGCAUGUUGACUACAGUCGUUAUAAAGUUCAGGAGCCGGUACAGGAGCCUAAGGAGGAGGAAGUGGAAGAAGUCUAAUCAGGCCCAGAGGUCAGGUCAGCUGGUGAAAGAUGGAAGGAUAAAUGCUGGCAGGAAGCCAAGAAACAAGUACUGCAGGCUGAGAGAAGAACUGAAGGUGGAGAAGCUUUUGAGUAAUCAAAGGUCUAAAUUCAAUAAAAUAUACUGCAGGUAGCUG